ACGUCACGGCGUGCGCCGCCUGUGACGGCCGGGAAGCGAUGGCUGCAACUGCGGAGCCCCCGGGAGACGACCCACUACGGAGCUUUGUGCGAGUUCUGGAGAAGCGGGAUGGGACAGUGUUACGACUGCAGCAGUACAGCUCCGGCGGCGUGGGCUGCGUGGUUUGGGACGCCGCUAUUGUCCUUUGCAAAUACCUGGAGACGCCGGGGUUCUCUGGCUCCGGGGCGCACGUGCUGAGCCGGCGGUCGGUGCUGGAGCUGGGCGCGGGCACCGGGGCCGUGGGGCUCAUGGCCGCCACGCUCGGGGCGGAUGUGGUGGUCACCGAUCUGGAGGAGCUGCAGGACCUGCUGAGGAUGAACAUCGACAUGAACAAGCAUCUUGUCACUGGUUCUGUUGAAGCCAAGGUACUGAAAUGGGGGGAAGAAAUAGAAGACCUUGCUUCUCCACCGGACUACGUCCUGAUGGCUGACUGCAUCUACUACGAAGAGUCUUUGGAACCAUUGCUGAAAACCCUAAAAGACGUCAGUGGAUAUGAGACUUGUAUUAUAUGUUGCUAUGAGCAACGAACAAUGGGAAAAAAUCCAGAAAUUGAAAAAAAAUAUUUUGAGCUCCUUCAGUUAGACUUUGACUUUGAAAAAAUCCCUUUGGAAAAGCAUGAUGAAGAGUAUCGAAGUGAAGAUAUUCAUAUUAUAUACAUGAGAAAGAAAAAAACGAUAUUUCCAUCAUGAAGCGUUUAGCCAUCUUUUCCAAGCCUUUGACAGCCUUGGUAAGCUAGAGACAUAAAUGAAGCAUGUGAAUUCAGCAUGGAAAGAUUGGGUUCACAGAUUUUUUUUUUCCAGCAUGUCUUUAAAGAUCCAACAUAUAGAGAAGACAACUGCCACAAUCUGUCUGAAACACAAAGCAAAUGCCAGCCUGCCUGCCGAUGGGCCUGGCAGCCCCCAGCUUAGGUCUUACUUAGCAUCAGCUUCAACUUAACAGAAGCAUGGUGAAUGUUCCUCAAAAAUUAGAACUGAGAUUAUAAAUCUAAGGUCUGCAAAAAUUAGUAACAAAGCAGCAUGAUCAAGUCUAGGUAUUUUCAGAAAACUGAAAGGACAUUGAUCCAAUUUCUAAAAAGCUUCUCUGUCUCUAUUUAAUGUUUUAAAAUUCAGGCCAUUAAGUUUUUUCUUCAAGACAUACACAUUUUUAUGUUGUAGCAUUUCUUAGUAGUUUGUUCUUUUACUUAGAAAAGAAGGAACCCUGAGAAUGUUGUCUUGUACGUCUGACCAAAGUUGUCUAAUUUUCCACUUCUGGGAAUGUGCAUGUGGUUUAAAUAAUGCAUUGACUGCGCUGUGCUGUGCUGCUGAGAAGACAAAUCAGAAGAUGGAGGCGGCAGAAGGAUCUUCACAAAGUUUUCCAUUUGUGAAGGGAAUGAGACCAGAAAGCUCAUUCUCAGGCUUGCGCAGUUGGGUGCCUCCUGUACUUUUCCUUUGAGUUUGUCUUCCAGGAAAAUCUGGCUAAAAACACUGGUAUUGACUUGUUUAAAUGAAACAGAUUUUUGAAUAGCUACAAAUAUAGUUCUCUGCACAUUUAACCGGAUGAUUUUUAUUCUGUCCUUAUCACUUUUGUGUAGUGAUAAUCUGCUCACACAAGCUCAUCUGUCAAGGAUUUAAAUCACCAAUUCUAAAGUUGUAGCCAGACGGAAUUCAGUGCUGGAUGGUACAUUUUAUGUGUUAAAAUAAACAUUGUUUUUGAGAA